UUCUCUCUGAUUUUUAUUUCUGUAUAUUCCAAAUUGAUGUUUCUACUUAGAUUACUUUAUAUUCAUUUGCCACAAUGAGUAGGAAUCAGCAAUCUUUUGCUAGUCGGUCUGUAGCAGGUAGCAAGAACUUCAGCUCUGCUUCUAUUGGAGGUGGUGGUGGUGGUGGUGCUGGUGGUGGUGGAGGUGGAGGUGGAAACAGAGUAAGCUUUAGUUCAUACUCUGUGGCUAGAGGAGGAGGAGGUGGUGGUGGUGGUGGUGGUAGUGGAGGAGGUGGAGGAUAUGGACGAUCAGGAGGUUUUGGGUCUAGGAGUCUCAUUUGUCUUGGAGGAACUAAAAGAAUUUCCAUUGGUACAGGCAGUGUUCGAGCAGGUGGUGGAGGAAGCUUUGGAGGGGCAAUUGGAUUUGGUGGUGCUGGAGGAGGAGGAUUUGGUGGUGUAGGAGGAGGUGGUGGAUAUGGAAUGGGUGGUGGAGGUGGUGGAGGAUUUGGUGGAGGACCAGGAGGUGGAGGAUUUGGUAUGGGUGGCUUUCAAGAUGGAGGUUUUGGACCUGGUGGUCCCGGUUUUCCUGUUUGUCCACCUGGUGGAAUUCAGCAAGUGUCCAUUAAUCAGAGCCUUCUAUCACCAUUAAACCUGGCAAUUGAUCCAACUAUCCAAAAAGUUCGAACUGAAGAAAGAGAGCAGAUUAAGACCCUCAACAACAAAUUUGCAUCCUUCAUCGAUAAGGUACGGUUCUUAGAGCAGCAAAAUCAAGUACUGAAGACAAAGUGGAGCUUCUUGCAAGAGCAUGAUCAAAAAGGUGGUACUAAGAGAAGCAACAUUGAGCCACUUUUUGAAGCUUAUAUAAAUAACCUGAGACGAUCACUGGAUCAGCUAACCAAUGAAAAAGGUCGUUACGAUUCAGAACUGAGAAACAUGCAAGAUCUUGUAGAAGAUUUCAAAAACAAAUAUGAGGAUGAAAUUAACAAGCGCACAACUGCAGAGAAUGAUUUUGUAAUUCUUAAAAAGGAUGUGGAUAGCGCCUACAUGAACAAAGUAGAAUUGGAUGCUAAAGUUGACAGCCUGGCUGAUGAAAUUGCCUUUACAAGGACACUAUUUGAAGCGGAAUUGAGUGAGGUUCAAGGUCGGCUUUCUGACACCUCUGUCAUCCUGUCUAUGGACAACAACCGAAUGUUGAAUCUAGAUGGACUAAUUGCUGAAGUUAAAUGUCAAUAUGAUGAUAUCGCCCAACGAAGCAAAGCGGAAGCAGAGGCUGCUUAUGCGAUGAAGUUUCAACAGCUACAGGCAACCGCAGGACAACAUGGAGAUAGUCUCAAAAGCACAAAGUCUGAGAUAGCUGAUCUCAAUAGGAUGAUACAAAGAUUGAAAGCUGAAAUUGAAAAUGUGAAGAAGCAGUGUGCCAGUCUUCAGUCUGCUAUUGCAGAGGCAGAGGAACGUGGAGAACUUGCUAUAAAAGAUGCUCAGAAGAAACUUGAUGAACUUCAGGCUGCCUUGAAGAAAGCCAAGGAGGACAUGGCUAAGCAAUUACGUGAAUACCAGGAGCUGAUGAAUGCUAAGCUGGCCCUGGAUAUUGAGAUUGCAACAUACAAGGCAUUGCUAGAAGGAGAAGAAUGCAGGAUGUCCGGAGAGAUUGUAAAUCCUGUUAGCAUCUCCGUGGUUAGUGGUUCCUCAACUACCUUUGGUAGUGCAGGAGGAGGUGGUGGAUAUGGAGCUGGAGGAUUUGGAGGCGGAGGAAGCGGUGGUGGAUUUGGAGGUGGUGGAUAUGGCACCGGAGGAAGCGGUGGUGGAUAUGGCGGCGGAGGAGGCGGUGGUGGAUAUGGCACCGGAGGAGGCAGUGGUGGAUAUGGCACCGGAGGAGGCAGUGGUGGAUAUGGCAGUGGUGGAUUUGGAGAUGGAGGAGGCAGUGGUGGAUUUGGAGGUGGAGGAUAUAGUGCUGGAGGAGGUGGUGAAUAUGGGGGUGGUAGUUACAAUGCUGGUGGCUUUAGUUCUGGAAGCAGGCAAUCAGGAGGUGUGGCUAUUGUCUCCAGAACAUCCACUUCAAGUUCCUCUAGAAAGAACUAUUAAGCCCCUACAGUAGCUUUCCCCUGUUCAUUUUCUAGAGUUACUGAUCUUGCUUUUUAAUUUAAGCAAGUAGUUUAAAUGUUAACACUGUAGAUGAAUAUCCAAACUGUGUCCAACUUAUUCCAAUAUUAAUCUGGUGCCUUAGUUAAAACUACUGAUAUCUGCCAGGUUUAUUCCUACAGUAUGACCCUGCUUCCAUCAACCAUGCUGUGUAGUUACAGACUUUCCAAAUAAUCAAAUUUAUAUUGUUACAUUUUCUCAGUCACUAAGGUUUUGACUUAUAUGUGUAAUGAAAUCAUUUGCUGUCCAGCAACACUAUUCACAUUCUUUACAGCAACAUGUGUAACUAAUAGUCCAGGAAAACAUGGCCAAGUUGACAACCCUAAUGUGGCAGCUAAUUGCUGACCCAAUAUCUUUCCUUUGAAGUUUAAUGUUUCUUUUUUCCUAUUGAUAUCCCUUGAACAUGCAUAUUGAGGCUUCAAUUUCUAUAGGGCAGGUCCUCCAAACUGUUAUUACAUCUACAUUUGUUAAUUUUGCCCUUGCCCUUAAUCAUUCAUACCAAAACACAGUCAGAGCAGAUUCUGAUCUACCUAAUAUAUGUCUCACACAGUCAAUAAGACCCCAAGCCCUAUGUACUUUUUAACACUAGAAAUGUUUUUUUUAUCAGGCUGACUAGGUGCUGCUCUCACUGUAAUAUUGGUGUGAUUGAUCUGAUUUUCAAUAUUUUAGAUUUCAUGAAAUUUACAUUGUGAGCUCUUAAUGUCUAUAAAUGAGAUGUUUAUGAAAUUUCAGUUGUACUGUAAUACAUAACAAAAUUACAUGUUCAUUGAAUUGACUUGUUUUAAGGAGUUGGUAAAGAGAUGACCAAAUGGUAUCAAAUAUAAAACAUCCUAGCUAUGAGGAUAGGUGUGGUCCCUACCUGCUAGAUGUAUCCUGCAAUAUUGGCUUUUGGGGUCUGGCGGAUACCAAAAAAAUAUUUCAUUAUUCAGAUAGAAUAUACAGUACCAACUUCCUAAUGUACUUAUAUUAUCAAAUUUUCUUUGUUUUAUUAGUAUUCUUUGCUGAAAAGCAUACUUAGGUAGGCUCAGGAGCAGCAAUGUUCUAAGAGCUAGCUGGUUAUUGGUGGGUACACAUAUAUACCUCUUGCCAUUGGUUUAUCAAAUGUGUCCAGCUAGCUCCUAUCAGUGCAUUGCUAUUCCUACGGCCACUUUUCAACAAACAAAGAAAAUGCGAUUAUAGAAGUAAAGUGGGAAAUUACAUACAAUUGCUUACUCUAUCUGAAAGUGCAAUGCUGACUAUACUAUCCCUUCAAGAUGAUCAUUUAAGACAUACUGGGCAGUAACUUUUCUCACAUAAUGGCUGUAUAAACUUGUCUUUUCUGUAUUUCAUGCAAUAUACUAUGUUAUCUGAUGUAAUCUUUUGUUCAAGAAGGAGAAACCAUACAUAAACCUUUUCUACUUUGUGCAUUGUUUAAUGCUUUCAGCUGGCUCUGCUAUGUAUCUAAUAAAAUGAGUAUAAAAUACA